AUGGGCUGUUGCACGAGUUCUCCUCACGCUAAAAGACGCUACCUGGAUCCUGCUGAUUUGGUUGAAGAAUUUGUAGACAUUUUGCCGGAUAAUACUUCCACUGGCCCUCGCCUUCGAACCUUUGGACGAUACCGUCCCAACCAAGUGUUCGUCCCAGAUGAUAUUGAUGGGUUGCCGUCUUCCAAAUUGAACCACAAACUGGCUACAAGCCCCAACACUGUCCUAUACACAGCCGAGAUUGACAAUGGCAAGUCAUGGGAUUUUUUGCGCCCCUGUUUGUUGAUUAUCCCCUUGUGGCCAUGGGUGGCGCUUCAAUGGUGGCUGGCCAAUGGUUGUGAGAUUCACUGCGAUUUAAUUUGCUGUUGGGUUCGCAAGGAAUACUCCACUCGCACCUACUACCGAGUCUAUGCCAACCGGAUUGAAGUGAAUGAUCCCCGAGUCAGGUUCCCGUUUGGAGUGUUGGGCUGUGGCUCCUGGACCGCCGAUCAUGUGUUGAGUCAUCCCUUUGAUCGAGGAGCCUUUGGAUUUCACAGAGUACGAUUUGGCGUGCCAUCGUUGCUCUGUUGUGUUUAUCCAACCUCUGGCGAUGUGGUAGCACGACAACGGUGCCAAUGCAAUGGACCCUUCUGGUACAGCUGUGAUGGGUGGUGGUGUGAUGAAUGGCUUUGCGACAUGAUGUGUUGCACCUUUCGGUAUAAUGGUUUGGCUGAUGGAGAUGAAACCGCCUUUGCCUCCAAUUUGGCCUUGCAAGCCUACUAUGAAGGACGACACAUUACACCAACCCAAAUGGAACAAUGCCUCGACUAUUGGCGAAAUCACAUUUCCGAAAUGGGGGAUCCCAUCCACCGCCAACGACCGGUGCUAUGUGAAGAGAGUGGCUGUUCCAUGCGAUCUUGUAUACCCACGGGUAAAAUCUACCAGCGGAUUUGUCAAUGUGAACGUCGCGUACCCGAACACUUUGAAAGGACUCCCGAGAUUGUCGAGGUAUACGACAAGUAUGAAACCUUGCGAAGACGACAAACAGAUCGGUAUCUGACAUUCAAAGAGCCGGUAUAUCACUCGACCGUUUGCCGAUCCCUGGGCUGUCGUCGAUGUUUUGGUCGAAAGGGCGUAAUUUUUUGCACAGAGGGGUGUUGUUGCGAGAACAAGGACCAUACCAUGGGUCGUUGUUACAAGCACUUGCCAAAAGAUCAAGUCGAUGAUCCUUUUGCUCCCUACAUUCAUACAGAUUGGGAUGAUGACAAUAGUGCUGCCAAGGUAUUACAAAUUGUACUAGGGAAUCCACCUCGAAAUGUGGUUUACAGGAAGUGGCAAUUUGAUCCUGAUACCAAGCAAUAUACAGUGGUAGAAUCACCCACAAUCACCAACAACGAAACAGUUUCUACACCUAAAACAGCCAGCAAUGGACAUUGUCAUCAUGAUGAAAGCAAGGAACAUCCAGGCGAGGUUGCAGUACUAUCCAAUCAUCAUCAUCAGCAGCAGCAGAUUGUAUCUCCAGAUGGCUACGAAGUCUUUGCAGAUGAAUCGCUGGCGAUGAACAACUCAGAUGGAUCAUUACGUGACCAUUCGAGCCGCACGCCACAUAUAGUAGCAACUCCUCCAGGUAGAGCCUGUACGAUACUAACUGGCGAGUUUUGA